AUGUCUGUGCCCACGGCAGGCUGUAAAAAUGUUGCUGACGCAGACAAAAUUGAACCAGAGAAAGUGCCUACACAAGACAGCAAGGAUGCUGAGAAACCCACACCACAGGAGAGCAAGGAAGAGCACAGAGGAGAAAAAGAGGGGGGACCUGCUGUGUCUGAGCAAGCAGAAAGCAGCAAAGACAAAACACCUGAAACAGACGACAAGGCAGUACAGAAAAUUUUAAAUUCAGAAAGUCAGGGCCUUACAAAAUCAGCAGAAGCACAUGGUAAACAGAAAAUGUCAUCCUCUAGUGAGGUUUCCAGUGGAGAGACAAAGAUCAUUCCUGAUGAGCCUAAAGUAGCAACGGGUGCAUCAAAGACAGAUGAAAGUCAAAAAUCAUCAGUGGGCGUUGACACACCUGUUCCUGAGAAAUCCCAAGAGGCAAACACAAAAGAUGUUUCCGUAAAAGGUACAUUACCAGCUGGACUGGAGGAAAACCCACUCAAAGAAAAGCAAGAAAUUCCUGAAGAGAAAACAGCAACAGUUUCAGAGGCUACAUCUAAGAAAUCUGAGCCAGUUCCAGACAAGAAAGGCCAGGUAGGGUUGUCCACUUGCAGAACAGAAACUGAGAAAGAAGACAAAGCAGUUAGCAAAUCUGACAAAAAAACAGAGCCUAAAGCUGAAGAGAAAGGGGAGGUAGUACUAAAACAGAUGUGUGAAACACAACCACUGUCAGAAAAGGUAACAACAGUGGAAACAGGUGAAGGUGUAAAAGUAGCAUCUGGAGCUGAUGUUAAACCUGAUGUAGAAUCAAAGCCUGCUGUUACAGAUAGUCCUACAGUACCAGAACCAGCUGCUAAAGAUGAAGCUAAACAGUCACCAGAACCAGCUGUUAAAGACAAAACUAAACAAUCCUUAGAACCAGUUGUUAAAGAUGAAGCUAAACAGUCACCAGAAUCAGCUGUUAAAGAGGAAGCUAAGCAGACACCAGAACCAGAUGUUAAAGAUGAAGCUAAACAGUCACCAGAAUCAGCUGUUAAAGAUGAAGCUAAACAGUCAGAAAAAACAGUUGUUAAAGAUGAAGCUAAACAGUCACCAGAACCAGCUGUUAAAGAUGAAGCUAAACAGUCACCAGAACCAGUUGUUGAAGUUGAAGCUAAUCAGUCACCAGAACCAGCUGUUAAAGUUGAAGCUAAACAGUCACCAGAACCAGCUGUUAAAAAGGAAGCUAAACAGUCACCAGAACCAGCUGUUAAAGACAAAACUAAACAGUCACCAGAACCAGAUGUUAAAGAUGAAGCUAAGCAGACACCAGAACCAGUUGUUAAAGAGGAAGCUAAACAGUCACCAGAACCAGCUGAUAAAGAUAAAGCUAAACAGCCAGAAAAACCAGCUGUUAAAGAUGAAGCUAAACAGUCACCAGAACCAGCUGUUAAAGGUGAAGCUAAACAGUCACCAGAACCAGCUGUUAAAGAGGAAGCUAAACAGACACCAGAACCAGUUGAUAAAGAUGAAGCUAAACAGCCAGAAAAACCAGCUGUUAAAGUUGAAGCUAAACAGUCACCAGAACCAGCUGUUAAAGAGGAAGCUAAACAGUCACCAGAAUCAGCUGUUAAAGAUGAAGCUAAACAGACACCAGAACCA